AUGGCCGACCAAAUUCAACUCAACUCAUCUAAACUAGGUACCCAAGAAUAUUGGAAUGAGUUUUACAAAAAAGAACAACAGAAUUUCAAAGAUAACGAAGAAGACACUGGUGAGUGUUGGUUUGACGAUUCGGAUGCAGAGGCAAAGAUGAUUGAAUUCAUUAUCAAACAUAUCAACGAAGAGAGCCUACCUGAUGCUUCUUUGAGUCCCAAAUCAGAACUUUCGUUUCUCGAUAUUGGCACCGGUAAUGGACAUUUACUUUUCCAACUACACGAAGACCUUCAGGAAGAGCUUGAACAGCCAGAGAAACAGCUGUUUAAAUUUCACGGGAUUGAUUAUUCACCCGAUUCAAUUACCUUUGCCAAAGAUAUAGCAGCAACAAAGUAUAAGGAGAAUCGAAAUUUCGCUUUUGAUCAAGUUGAUUUGCUUUCUCCAACGGAACUGUUUCUAGAAUCGCAAAAAUUUGACAUUCUUUUGGAUAAGGGAACACUAGACGCCAUUGCAUUAAAUCAGGAUCCACUUGUCGAGUUCAACAACAAAAGAGGAAUGUGCGUAUAUGCUCAGCAAGUUGUGAAAAUGAUGAAAACCGAUUCUGUGCUUCUUAUUACUUCAUGCAAUUUUACGGAACAAGAAUUGGUCACUUUAGUUACGCAGGAUACAGACUUAAAAGUUUGGGACAAGAUCAAGUAUCCAAAUUUCUCAUUUGGAGGGGUUGAUGGAUCCACAGUGGUCAGUAUAGCAUUUACAAAAACAAAAACAAAAACAGAAACAGAUUAG